AUGUCGGACAUCUCGGUCAACAAGCCCCCCGAGCCAAAACACUCGACCGAAGUCGUGAGCUACGAUGGUCACGUUAACAAAGCUCACUCAGAGACGCUUAUUCGACAAUUUGGUCUGUUGCCGCUUCUUGGCGUCGGUCUUCUCGGUGCUGGAUACUGGGCGGGCCAGAUCGUUACCAUGACCACCGUGCUGGGUGUUGGCGGACCGCCUGGUCUGUUUUGGGGAACAUUUCUGUGCGCAUUCUGCAUUCUCUGCAUCGCAGUCUCGCUAGCGGAACUUGCGUCUGCCUAUCCCACCUCCGGCGGCGUUCUCGACUGGGCUUACGAAGGCUCGUCCAAGUCAAGUCGCAAGUUUAUCGCUUGGACCACUGCCUGGCUCAACACGUUUGCCUGGAUCGUUACUGCGACCACGUGGGCCUCUCUGGUCGCCCAGCAAGUGCUCGCUCUUGCCGUCCUAUACCACCCUGACUACGUCAUCAAGCAGUGGCAUACUUGGCUCGUUUUGCAAUUCGUGCUCAUCGUUGGUCUCCUUAUCAACGUCUUUGCGGUCAAGAUCAUGCCGGCGCUCGACAAGAUCGGCCUCUAUACUUUCUUCCUCGGCUGCUUUGUCCUGAGCAUCACGGUGGCUGCCAGCGCACCCACGCAUCAAUCGGCCAAAUUUGUGUUUGUCGACAUCAUCAACACCACCGGAUGGAGCUCGAAUGGUCUGGUCUGGUGUCUCGGUCAGAUUGCUACCUCGGGGGCUUUCAUUCUGAUCGACUCGCCCAGCCAUCUCUCCGAAGAAACAAUCGAGCCAGAGAAAAACGUGCCCAAGGCGAUGGUCUACUCGGUUCUGAUCGGUACCGUGACCGGCUUGUUUGUCACACUCUGCUUUAUGUUUUCGAUCGUAGACAUCGACGGAGUGCUUGGCAGUGCGACUGGUGUACCUUAUAUUCAAAUCAUCAGGAACGCGACUCGAUCCAAUGGCGCAACCGUGGUUCUCUCGCUCUUCAUGAUCAUCCUUUCCAUGUACGGUGCUGUGACCUCGGUCACUGUUGCCAGUCGAGUCGCCUGGGCGUUUGCACGAGAUGGCGGUCUUCUGUUGCCCAAGACGUUUUCCAAGAUGUCGUCCAGCCUGCAUGUACCUGUGCAGUCGCUCAUUCUAUGCACUUUUGUCUCGAGCUGCAUCGGCGUGAUCUACUUGGGCAGCAUCACGGCAUUCAACUCGUUCCUGUCUGCGCUCACCAUCCUCUUUUUUGCCUGCUACGCCAUGGUGAUUGGAGGAUUCAUGUUCAACAAGCGCCACAUCGAAAAGAGAGGGCCGUACCACCUUGCCUCGACGCUUGGCUGGACAGUCAACUCAAUCGCGCUGAUCUACAUGCUCGUUUUUGGUAUCUUGUUCUGUUUCCCAUCCGUCUACCCUCCUACAGCAGCUACGAUGAAUUGGUCCAGUGUGAUCCUCGCCGGCGUUGUGCUGCUGUCCUCAGUCGGCUACAUCACUUGGGGCAAGCAAAGCUAUGCCGGUCCUAGCGGCGCUGUGCUCGCUGAGCGUAUCGGCCAGAGCUCGGCAAUCGUCGCUUAA